AUGGCCUUUUCUAUGCCCCGAGUAGUUCCGUCCUUCGAUAAUCGUCAACGAGAGCUAGAAGACAAGUUUUGGGGCUCUGGAGAGAGGUCCAGAAAGUCCGACCGAUUACCGAUGUACAAAGACAAACCGUACGCGUCGCCUUACGACGAUGAUGAGGAACGCCCUUUUUGGAAGCGCAAGAGGGUGAUGGGCAUCGUUGCCCUGAUUGUCUUGACCCUAAUAUACUGGACCGGAUCCUCGUCCAAAACUUCGACGAAGCGGACCGUAACGACAGAUUGGAGCUUCACAGGCUUGUCCAAGAAUGAUAAGAAGGCCAAUUGGGAUCACAGGAGAGACCGCGUGAUAGAAGCUUUCGAACUGAGCUGGGACUCGUACAAGCGAUACGCCUGGGGAUUCGAUGAAUACCACCCCAUAAGCAAAACAGGCGAGAAUAUGGCACCCAAAGGACUCGGUUGGAUCAUAAUCGACGGCCUGGAUACUGCCAUCCUCAUGAACCUGACGUCUCGUGUCCAAGACGCUCGUCAAUGGAUCUCAGAGUCUUUGACAUGGGACCAGGACCAAGAUGUCAACACCUUUGAGACAACCAUUCGCAUGAUGGGAGGUCUUCUCAGCGCUCACUACCUGUCAAACGAGUAUCCCACACUUGCACCACUGGCCGAAGAUGACGAGGGAGCAGUCGGAGAAGAUUUGUACCUUGAGAAAGCCAAGGAUCUUGCUGAUCGUCUCAUGAGUGCGUUCGACUCUCCAUCUGGCAUCCCAUACGCAAGCGUCAACCUCCAAAAAUUCGAGGGAAUUCCAUCUCACGCAGAUAUGGGAGCGUCAUCUACAGCAGAGGCCACGACCCUUCAACUUGAGUUCAAGUAUCUUGCAAAGCUUACAGGAGAAAAAGACUUUUGGGAUCGAGCUGAGAAAGUAAUGAAGCUUGUAGAUGACCUGGGAGCUCCAGAUGGUCUUGUCCCUAUCUUUAUAUAUGCUACUACAGGCGAGUUCAGGGGCGAAAACAUCCGGUUGGGAAGCCGUGGCGACUCAUUUUAUGAGUACCUCAUCAAGCAAUACCUCCAGACGAAUAAGCAGGAGCCCGUUUAUCAAGAGAUGUGGGACGAGGCACUCCAAGGUGUCCGCAAGCACCUCAUCACAUAUACCUCGAACUCGAAGUUCACCAUUAUCGGAGAGCGGCCGAGUGGACUGGAAAACGAACUCAGCCCCAAAAUGGAUCACCUCGUAUGCUUUAUGCCUGGAACAAUAGCUCUAGCGGUUACCGAGGGUCUCACUGAGGCUCAGGCACGCAAGCUGCCUACAUGGUCCAAGAAGAAGGAGGAGGAUAUGCAACUGGCGCGUGAGUUGAUGGAGACAUGCUGGGGGAUGUACAAGUACAUGGCGACGGGACUAUCGGCCGAGAUUACCUACUUCAAUAUCGAUAACCCGCCCCCGGCUUACGGUAACGCUCGCCAGGGUCCAGUCAACUUUGAUCCAAGCCCGGAAGCCGAAUGGCGAAAGGACUUUACGGUCAAGUCUGGUGACGUCCACAAUCUUCAACGACCGGAAACGGUGGAGAGUCUGUUCUACAUGUGGAGGAUCACCAACGACAACCGAUACCGUGAAUGGGGCUGGGAUAUGUUUAAAUCAUUCAUGAACCACACGGCAGUGAGGAACGGAGGAGGCUUCACAAGUCUACGCGAUGCCAAUGUUGUACCGCCCAAGGUGCGGGACAACAUGGAGAGCUUCUGGUUGGCCGAAACACUCAAGUACUUUUACCUCCUGUUCUCACCAUCAGACCUCUUGCCUAUGGAAAAGGUCGUCUUCAACACCGAAGGACACCCGAUGCCUCGGUUUGACAUGGGACAACUGUUUUCUACAGGGUGGCAGAGAAAGCCGAGAGAUGCAAAUGGCAAGAUCAUUGGCAAGACUGUCAAGGUUGAAAGUCAAGAGAAGGAAACCGUUUUGCAGAAUGUCAAGGUGGACCAACACCCUUGA